CGGUUGUGUGCCGUGCUGCUGUUUGGGCCAAUUUCGGGUCAGUUAGCCCGUGGAUCGUGUGACGAGUGCAUUGCGAAAAUGCCAUCUGCCCGGACCUUCUUCAUCGCCGCCUGUUCGCUGCUGGCCGUGCUGGCCCCGACAGCCCGAUCCAACCCCAUUGAUCCAAAGAAUGCCGAUGUGGCCACGGAGAUCAUUAUCCUGCACAACAAUGACAUGCACGCCCGGUUCGAGCAGACGAACGUGAACAGCGGCACAUGCUCCCAGGAGGAUGCCAAUACGGACCAGUGCUACGGAGGAUUCGCCCGAGUGGCCUAUGAAGUUCGCAAGUACCGCAAAGAGGCUGAGAACGGUGGACCUGCCGUCCUCUACCUGAAUGCCGGCGACACAUACACGGGAACUGCCUGGUUCACCAUCUUCAAGGAUGAGAUUGCCAGCGCCUUCCUCAACAAACUCAAGCCUGAUGCUAUCUCGCUGGGAAACCACGAGUUCGAUAAAAAUGUCGAGGGUCUAAUCCCGUUCCUGAAUGACGUGGAGUUCCCCGUGCUGGCCUGCAACCUCAACCUGACCAACGAGCCAGACUUGGCUGCCACCAAGUCGUUAGCCAACUCCACCAUCCUCGAAGCAAAUGGAACCAGGAUCGGCGUGAUUGGCUACCUCACGCCAGACACUAAAAUUCUGGCCGCCAAGAACAACGUGGAGUACGUAGAUGAAAUAGUGGCCAUCAAUGCUGAGGCAGCGAGGCUUAAAGCUGACGGCAUCAAGAUCAUCAUUGCCUUGGGCCAUUCGGGCUACCUCAGGGACCAGGAGAUAGCAAGGAGCUGCCCGGAUGUGGAUAUUGUCAUUGGCGGACACUCGCACACCUUCCUUGACUCCAGCCAGCCCGUGGCCGAUCCCACGGACUCUGAUCAGGAGGCCGUGCGUGGCCCUUAUCCUACGACAGUGGUGCAGGAGAACGGCAAGAAGGUGCCAGUGGUCCAGGCCUAUGCAUACACAAAAUAUCUGGGCAAGAUCCAUGUGCAGUUCGACGCUGAGGGAAAUCUGCUUGAGUUCGACGGGGAACCGAUCCUGCUGAAUGCCUCCGUGGCCCAGGAACAGGAGCUGCUGGACCUGCUGGAGGUGUACCGACCCAAUGUGACCGCUAUGGAGAACUCUAUUGUGGGCUACACCAAGGUGCAUCUCGAGGGCGGCAACGUCUGUCGGAUGAGGGAGUGUAACUUGGGCAAUCUGAUCACCGAUGCCAUGGUUUAUGCGCGCGUCUUGGAGGAGGAGGGUGGCGAAUACUGGACAGAUGCACCCAUUGCCCUGAUGCAGGGAGGAGGUAUUCGAGCUGCUAUUGAGAAGGAUGCGGACGGAAAUAUCACGGGUAGCGAUCUCCUUGCCGUCCUACCCUUCGAGAACGAUUUGUUCGUCACGAGGGUGACGGGCAAGACCUUGCUGGCGGCUCUGGAGCACUCGGCUGGGGUGAGGUUGCUGGAUUCCAAUGGCGGGUUCCUGCAGAUGUCGGGCCUGCAGGUGGAGUACAACUACAACAACGCCGAGGGUCAGCGCUUGGUCUCCGCGCAGGCGCUCUGCGGCGACUGCAUCGUGCCGUCGUACAGCAGGGUCAACGAGAGUGCCAACUACUUCGUGAUCGUGCCCCAGUUCCUGCUCGAGGGCGGCGACGGUUACACCUUCACCGAGCAGAGCGACCCCCUCAGCAUUCGCAUGCAGCGCAACGAUAUAGUCUCCGUUAUCGUUUACCUCACUCAACGGCACUACGUCUAUCCCGAGAUCCAGGACCGUAUAGUCAUCCACGAGAAGGACGACAAAGGUUCGGGGGCCAACAUUGUGGCGUCCAUCGCCCUCAUCCUGAUCUCGUCCCUGGCCACCAGAUUCAUAAACUAAACAAAUCCUUCUAUUCGUAUCCUCCCUCCAUAGCAAAGCACAUGUAUUGUAUUGUAUGAAAUUAUGCAAACUUUUGCCACUAGCUCAAUUUUUAGUCAGUAUAUGUAUAUUGUAUAAUCUUUCGUUCUUCCAAUUGCGGUCUUAUAGGUUCAACCAAGACAUACUACUAUCUAGGCAUAUUUGCAAAUACAUUUUGUGCAAUAUCGUUACUUAAAUGAGGAA